UAUCCUUUGCGCCUCAACUCUCCCCUUCAGUGGAAUCCCCUCCCUCUUCAACCUGAUAUCUCUCGCGCUCUGAUUACAGGGUUUCUUUUUGGUGACUAGGAAAUCGGGGCUUCGAGACUGUUGAUUAUCGAUCUGAUUCAGUGCAACAGGGCUCUGUUUUUGUGAUCCUCUUGAUGUUUUGUGAUUGCAAGGAAGAGUCGCAAAGAACCAACCUUGAACUUGAGUCCUUGAAGGAAAAGAUGAAGGAGAAUUAAGGACAAGAUUAAGCCCAACAAGCAACUACCCUAUUUGGUUGGGAACAAUGUCGAGCAUGCUGUCAUCGAGAGGCGGACAUGGGAGGGGAAUUAGGACAAGCCCCCGCAAGCCCUUCUCGCAGUCUUCACAACAAACAAAUAGAAACACAGUAGAUAGAGCCAAGUGGACAUCUGCUCUCACAAAGUCCCUCCUCGAAGCAUGUGCAGAAGAAAUUGAGGAUUUUGGUCGGCCACUAAACGGGUUCAAUCACCAAGCAUGGCUUAGGAUCCUCAAUGCGUUCUUGGGCAAAACUGGUAAAUUGUGGACUGAGGAUCAAUUGAAAAACCAGCAUGACUGCCUAAAGGACGACUGGAAGGCAUGGAUUAUAGUUGUGCUUGGUAGGGAUCCCGAAACGGGUGCAAUAACAGGACCCAAUCAUUGGUGGGCAAAUAUGAUAGCUCAAAAUAAGGACGUCGCAAAGUUCAAAGAGCAGGGUUUGGAACAUGAGGAUCUCAUGGAACGUGUCUUUGGCGAUGUUGCCACCAUGGGAAACAAUGCUAUAUUUCCUGGUGAUGGGCUUUCGGACAUCGAGUCUGAGGGAUCCGAUGAAUCGGAUGGACUGCGUGUUCGUGGUGACACUAUUUCCGCAUCCAUUGCCCAAUUAAUUGACCGUUUCAAGUCCCAACCAAGAAUAGUCAUUAGUCGUCAGGGACGAUGGGGCAUCGACGACGCAAUAAAAAAACUGCAGUCCCUUCCCUUUUUCAUAAACGAGGGUGAGAACGAUGACUUUUACAGCUGGGCUUGUCGUCUUUUCGUCAGGCAACAACAUAAAAUCGAUAUCUUCUGCGAAGCAAACACCGUUAGCCGAACUAUUAAAUGGCUCAGUGAUGAGCACGCUUUGGCUGAAGAAUGGUACUGGAAGGCUCCCCCGACUCAACUGAGAGGCAUUAAACCUCCCCCGUUCCCUCGUGGUCCUUACCAUUAGGGAUUUCGGCCACGGAAAACUGCAUGUCGUACUUCGUUUUUACGGAUUCUUACUAUCUAUGGUGUGGUAGACUUUAAAUUUGGUACGCUUUUAAUUCGGUUACUGUUGUGGUUGGUGUUUGCUCAUCUUAUGAGUUGGUGUUGUUUGGAACUAUUUUAAUUCGGAACUGUUAGGACUAUUUGGCUUAUUGUAUGUUUCAUAAGUUGGUAAUGCUAUGACUGUUAUUUUAGAA